CAUAAAUAAAAACAAGAAAUGGCCGAAGUGAAUUAUUCCUCGACGCAAAUUAAUUUUUUUGGAUUUUGAAGAAUAUAUUAAUGAAUAAAAUUGAUUUAAAGUAAAAUUUAUACAAAAUCAUGGCUCAGGUGCCAACAAAAUCGACAGGCGUGAUAGAUAAUGAGAAAGACGUUGAAGAAAAAGAAGAUUCCUCGACAGUACCAGAAUGCGCAGUAUGUUUGCAACCAUGUAUACAUCCAGCUCGGUUACCCUGCAGCCACAUAUUCUGUUACCUAUGUGUGAAAGGAGUAGCUAAUCAGAGUAAAAGAUGUCCCAUGUGCCGACAAGAAAUUCCAGCAGAUUUUGUCGAGAGGCCACAAUUGGUAGAAGUCGAGGAACCAGCGAAAGAAGACACAGAGACCGAGGAAGAGUACCAAUGGUUUUACGAAGGCCGAAAUGGUUGGUGGCAAUACGAUCAGCGCACGAGCCUGGAGCUUGAAACGGCUUAUAAGCAAGGUAAAAGAACGUGUGAACUCCUGAUAGCAGGAUUUCUGUAUAUUGCCGAUUUUGGAUCAAUGCUUCAAUUGCGCCGCAAUGAUCCAUCGAGGCGCCGAAGAAUCAAACGAGAUCUCCAUAAUGUGCCCAAGAAAGGGGUGGCUGGAUUACGACUCAACACGCAAGAGGAAGAGCAAAUUGUUAGGGAAAUUAGAGGAGCUGAAAGGCCCACCAGCCCUGCGAGUGAUAAUUUGGGAACAGGCGACGGCACAAAUACACCGGUUCCACCGAGCAAUACACCCCAAACUCCAGCUGGUGGUUCCGCAUCUGGAGAUGCAACACCUCUGACUGACAGGUCGAAUCAAAGAUCAGAAUCGCUGCAUCAAAUUUUGGAACAAAUGAGAUCCCUUGUGCUAAUGGAAAAUCUUUCACUCAAUAGUGAUAAUGAAAUCGAAGAGCCUGCGGAUGAUACGCUACCCUCGGAUCAACCCCGGUUACAAUCAUCAAAUAAUCCCGACUCUUCAGAUGAAGAGCGCACAUAACUGAGCGUACAAAAUUGCAAUUUCAAAAAACUUUUUCAAUAUUCUAGAAUCUAGACAAUCUAUUCUAGAGUCUAGAGUAGGGGAAACCUCCCUACAGUGGAUAAGGCCACACUGGAUAAUCAUUGUGUAAAAAUACUAAUGACUGUAAAAUAAUUAAUUUAAUUUAAUUAAUAAUAAAUUCACUUUUGGUGCUGAUAAAUUAAAAUAAAAACUAAUAAUUUUUCUUUUAUUUGUGCUCUUAAUUAAUGAUUAUCCACUGUGGCAUUAUUCACUGUAAGGACGUUAAUCGUUGUACCCCUACUUACAACUUGAGCAUCUGCUAUCUGUAUAGUCAAUAUGAGUAUUCAUCGAACUUUUUUAACGAUUUAUAAAACCCUAGAAAAAAGAGAAAAAUAUUCGAGGGAAAUUAUUUGAAUCGGAGAAUUCAGGAAUUCAAUCGGCCACCAAAAUAGCCACAAAGCAAUUCGGGCAAAUCUGCUGAAUUUCCGGUUUCUGAACCAAUGUAUUCGUAUUAUUACAUUUUCUAGAUAGGAAAAAAUCCCAAAAAUCAUACGUUUCUAGAAAUUGCGAAUAUUUAAACAUAUUCUUUUUACAGAAUAAAAAAAAAAGAUUUUUUAAUGAUAAAUUUAAGGUACCGAUUUUUAAGAUUUAAAAAAAUAUAUAAAUAAUCUAACAUUUGCCUGAAUCUUUGGCGGCUGUUCCGAAAAUUCGUUGGAACAUUUUUUGUUCGAAUUUUCAUGCAUGUCCCAAAUUUUUUCCAAUCCACAAAAAAAUAAAUUAAACCCCAUGAAGUUUAACACGUUUUUCCCAUAAGAAAAAAAUACAUUUUUGUCAAUGUUAUUAAUAAUCGUCAUAAGUAAGUGUGUCAAAUUGAAACUUAACAUUUUUCUUCACAAUUGGCAAUAGAAAAAAAAACCUUUAAGUGAAAAAUUGGGUUUUUG